AUGGCAUACCAGCAAGCUUGCAUACGCCUCCCUUUACGAUCCCUCCUCGCUCGGCGACCAGGCGCCGCCUCAAUUAUUCUUCCUCAGCAAAGACGCAAAAGUAUCAUCUGUCAAAGGUGGCAGAGUACCCGCGUCAGCCCUAGCACGUUGCGAUCCCAUGACAACGCUCAGCAAGACGAAUCCCCAGACCUGUCAUACCUGAACCCCUCACCGGAUGAUUAUUCGCGCUUUAUCUUUCAAGACAAAUGCCAUGUUACUAUGUUUGCCGGUGCCGGGGGCAAUGGAUGUGUUUCAUUCCUGCGUGAGAAAUACAUCGAGGAAGGUCCUCCGAACGGCGGCGAUGGCGGCAGCGGAGGAAGUCUCUACAUCCAGGCCGUCGAGGGCUUGACCAGUCUCCAUAAACUUGCGCGCAGGGGAAUCAUCAAAGCAGGAAGAGGCAAAAAUGGACAAGGCAAGAGCAAGGGCGGGAAGCGGGGCGAUGAUGUGCUCAUUCAAGUUCCUGUUGGGACGGUGGUACGUGAAGUUGAGCGACAUGACCCCGUCGCAGAGGAGUUUGCCCGCCGGCGGAAGGCCCGAGAGGAGCCAGUUGAUGAGGAUGAAAUUGAAUUCACCCCUAUUCGGCAUGACCGCUGGGUUCUCUAUCCCGGUGCGAACCCGUCUGAUUUCUUGACUGUGAAUUUCCCUCGGAUCAAACCGCGGCGUCAGGGUAUUGCGGCGAUGGAGCCAAAGGCACCUAUCUACCUCGACCUUUCACAACCUAUGGAUAAGCCAAUGCUUCUCGCCGCAGGUGGCGCAGGCGGGUUGGGCAACCCGCACUUUAUGACGCGGAAUAUGGGUCGACCCAAGUUCGCAUCUCGUGGUGAAGGAGGAAUGAAAUUGGAACUCGACUUUGAGCUCAAGCUUCUUGCAGAUGUUGGCUUAGUUGGAAAGCCCAAUGCGGGCAAGAGCACCCUUCUGCGAUCCUUGACGAACAGUCGCACACGGAUUGGAAAUUGGGAAUUUACCACCUUAUCUCCUCAUAUCGGGACGGUAAUUGUUGAUGACCAUAAAGGCCGACCACUCGUGGAGUCCAAAAGCAAAACCCGGCGCACUCAUUUUACUAUCGCAGAUAUCCCUGGUUUAGUGGAAGAUGCCCAUCUGGACCGUGGGCUCGGUCUUGGAUUCCUGCGACACAUCGACCGCGCGGGUAUCUUGGCUUUUGUCCUGGACCUUAGUGCCGGAGACCCAGUACACGAGUUACAGAAGCUGUGGCAUGAGCUUGGGGAGUAUGAACGGCUGCGCAACCUGGAUCCAGAACCCACUGGGGCAGAGGAGACGAAUGGUGUGGUUGACUGGGAUCCGUCGGGAAUAGGUCUCCCUGAACUGGAUGGGCGGCAAAACCAGAUAAUGGGUCUCGACCCUUCGACUGAGGAAGGAGAUGGGCAGACGCUCACUUUCCAAUCAUCCGGUUCUUUACCAUUCCUCAAAAUGCCGCCCAUGCACACCAAACCUUGGUUUGUCAUUGCUACAAAGGCCGACCUUGACAAUACCCAAGACCAGUACCGUGCUCUGCAAGAAUACCUGUCUGCCGUCGAGAAAGGCUCCGUGAAGCACCCAUCUGGGCAUCCCGAUGGAUGGAAAGAGAGAGUCAUCGCAGUUCCAGUCAGUGCCAUCAAAGGGCAGGGUGUUUCACGCAUUCCAAAGCUGGUGAUGCAAUACCUGGAGUAA